CAGAAACCUAGUCCUAAGAUUCUAAGAAGCCCUUGUCUCAAUCUUUUUUGUUCUCAAUCCUUAUUAUCCCCAAAGCUUUCAGUAAAUUGAUUUUCUUUUUGGGUUUUGCAUUAUUGGAAUUCUCGAAUAAAAGGGGCAGUCUAAUGUGCAAGACAUUUCAAGGGGUCAAAUUUUUUGGAAUUAGAAACAGGCAUUUGAAUAUACCUGUCAACCAUGUCUACUCCAUUGACGCCUUCAAAGAGACCACAUGAUAGGAGCCCUUCAGAGCCGAAUGGGAAAAGAAAUUUACAAAAGUCAGACCAAUCAAAAAUUUUGCCUGGUGGUAUUGUUUUCCGUGUGCUAUGUCCUGCCUCUAAAACUGGUAGUGUCAUUGGCAAAGGUGGCACCAUAAUAUCACAAAUUCGUCAAGAAACCGGUGCAAAGGUCAAAGUUGAGGAAGCAGUCCCCGGUUGUGAUGAGAGAGUAGUUGUCAUCAUGGGUUCUGAAUCUUCUGAUAAAGAGACUGAAGUUGGUACUGAGCAGAGGAAGGAGGAUGUUGGUGAAGAGGCUACUGCAGCCAAUCACAGUGAUGAAGAAAAGGAAAAUGGUGAAAACAAUGAUGAUAAGUUUUCUGAUCCUGUGAAAGAUUUAAAAUCUGUAAAAGAAACUUCGAAUGUGCAGAAGGCAUUGUUGCUUGUUUUUGAAAGAAUAAUGGAAGGGCCUGAUUCAGAUGGAGUUGACGGGGAAACUGUUAAGUCUUUCAUGAUGGUUUUAAGGUUACUUGUUCUUUCUAGUCAAGUUGGCUGCCUUUUCGGGAAAGGUGGCAGUGUAAUUAAGCAAAUGUCUGCCGAGAGUGGUGCACAAAUUCGAAUUCUUCCUAGAGACAAACUUCCUUCAUGUGCUUCAGCUUCUGAUGAACUAGUUCAGAUUACGGGAGAGGUUGAUGCAGUUAGGAAAGCUCUUCAAUCUGUUUCUCAACAGCUUAUAGAAAAUCCACCUCGGGAUCAUGACUCUUUCACUCUCAACACAACAGGACAGUCAUCCCAUUCAUUUGGUCCUAGGCCUGAAGUCUACCCACCACCAAACCAUUUUUUUAGUUCUCAAGGAGCACCCUUUGCUGCUGGGCCUCGGGAUGUUGAGAUUCAUUCACCUCUUCCCCCUCAUAUCCCUGGCAGAAUGAUGCCUUCUCUGGAAAUGCUAACAUUCCGGUUAUUGUGUCCUGAUGAAAAGGUAGGUGGUGUCAUUGGAAAGGGAGGAGCAAUAAUUAAGACUCUUCAGCAAGAGGCAGGUUGUGAGAUCAAAGUUCUGGAAGCUAUUCCUGAUUCAGAAGACCGCAUAAUUGUCAUUUCUGGUCCAGUGCACCCAGAUGAUAGGAUAUCAGCCGCACAAGAUGCUGUUCUCCGUGUGCUUAGCAGGAUAAAUAGGGCUAUACCUGAUAGCAAGGACAAGACUAUGAUGGCUAGGCUUCUUGUAUCAUCUAAUCAAAUUGGUUGUCUCCUUGGCAAGGGUGGUGCCAUCAUAGCUGAAAUGAGGAAGUCAUCUGGGGCUCAUAUUCGUAUAUUGGGAAAGGAUCAGGUUCCAAAGUGUGCUUCAGAAGGUGAAGAAGUUGUUCAGAUUAAUGGAGAACAGGACACUGUUCGAGAUGCUCUUUUGCAAAUAACAACUAGGCUGCGGCAUCAUUUCUUUCGUGAUGCAUUUCCUUCUAUUUACCAUCCUCCGAAUCCUGCCUUCCUGGAUCAGGUACCACCAUUCCCUUCAUUUAGGGGAAGGAGGGAAUUUUCACCUCCAGGAGUAGGUCCAUUUCACCAUUUUGAUGCUUUUGGUGGCCCACCUCCACAUGGCGGUUUUCAUCCCAAUGAUGAUCCUCUUUUUAUGCGGAAUAUUCACCGACCGGGCAUGCCUCCUCAUAUAUCUGAACGAAAACCAUGGGGCCCUCAGGGAUUUAUAGGCAUGCCAGAUUUUGCUGGACCUCCCCACCGAAGAAUUUCUGGCUUUGGAGGUUGGUUUGUUGUUUUCUUUAAUCUAUGGAUGUGUAGAGGAAGCCAACCAGCUAUUAUUACAAGCACCACCGUUGAAGUUGUUGUUCCUCGUUCCCUUGUUCCUAUAAUUUAUGGAGAAGAUGGUGCAUGUUUAAAACAGAUACGUCAGAUUUCUGAUGCAAAAAUAACAAUUACUGAACCCCAGCCUGCCGCAACUGAAACUGCAAUUAUAAUAUCUGGAACACCAGAACAAACGCAUGCGGCACAAUCUCUGAUUCAGGCGUUUGUGAUGAGUGAGACAGAAUCUGCUUGAACUGUAGUAAGCUGCUAAAACUCAUCACACGAUCUAAAGAUGUGCAGAUUGCCAGGAUUCUAAUUUAACAGUUUUGUGAGCAUGUGGAAACUUAUUGGAAGUUAGCUAGGGAAUGAUAUCAUACUUUGCAGAUUAAUUAGUCCUUUAUCUAAAGCAUUCCUCUUCGAUCUCACAUGAGGAAUUUUACUAGUAAUCAAUUUGUACUUCGGCCUUUGACAGUUGAGAAGAAAAGAAACUAUUUUUGAUUUACAUAAACAUUUGGAUUCGAUGAGUUUUCGACACUGUGAACACUGGCUAUUUGUAUAUUUGUCUCAAUAGAUUGCGGACACUGGCAAUUUGUAUAUUUGUGUGUUUGUUUCAGUAGAAGGAGACAAAACAAGCGACAAUGCUUGAUGACGUGUGAGAAUGUUACUAAAAAUGUUUAUAUGUUCACA